AUGACGGUACAAUCCAUGCCAGUUCACAGCACCGUGCUGUUGGAAACAGUGAUCGUUAAAGUUGUUGAUCAACAUGGUAAAGAAUACUCCGCACGCGCACUCCUUGAUUCGGCAUCCAUGUGCAACUUCAUGACGAAAAAGCUCGCCAACACACUCAAUCUUCGUCGUAGAAAGAUUGAAAUAUCAGUAUCAGGUAUUGGUGAAUCCACGAAACAUAUCAAGAGCAAACUAACUGCUACGAUCCGAUCUGACAUGUAUCCAUAUUCAACGUCGCUUGAAUUCCUAAUUCUCAAAAGACCAACGGUCAAUCUUCCGACUGUUCCGAUCGACACUUCUACCUGGAGAAUUCCAAAGGUCACUCUUGCUGAUCCCCGCUUCCACGUUCCAUCUGACAUAGAUAUGGUUGUCGGUGGUGAAACCUAUCACGAGCUACACACCGGCAACAAGGUUUCCAUUGGAGAAGAUCUUCCAUACUUAAUAGAGACUGUAUUCGGAUGGACUGUCUCAGGAAGGACUUCUGUCAACACACCCAACACUCCACAAGUUUGCCAUCUCACGACUGUCGAUCGGAACCUAGAAAACGCUUUGCAGAAAUUCUGGGAGCUAGAAACCGUCGAACAGUGUUCCCCCCUUUCCACCGAAGAAAAACGUUGUGAAGAAAUAUAUGCCACUACCACCACUCGCGAUUCGUCCGGUCGUUAUGUCGUUCGCUUGCCUCUCACCCUAGAUCCGCUCAUCCCCCUCGGCGAAUCCCGAUCCAUUGCCGAACGCCGUUUUCUAAGUCUGGAGAAAAGACUCGAGCGAGAUCCGACCACCAAGGAAGCUUACUGCCGCUUCAUCAACGAGUACGCCAACCUCAGCCACAUGAAAAGAAUCUCCGAUCCAGUAGAUGACACCAAAGCACACUGCUACCUUCCCCAUCACCCAGUAUUCAAGAAUACUAGCUCAACUACGAAACUUAGAGUGGUUUUUGAUGCAUCCUGCAAGACAUCGUCCGGAUAUUCCAUGUAUAACAAGCAACUUGUUGGACCUACUGUUCAGCAAGACCUACUGUCGAUCGUCAUGAGAUUCCGCACUCACCCAAUCGCCAUCGUAGCCGACAUCGAGAAGAUGUAUCGGCAGAUUCUUCUACAUCCUGAUGAUCGUUCGUAUCAACGUAUUUUGUGGCGUUCGUCUCCGGCAGAACCUAUCGCAACGUACGAACUCCAAACCGUGACGUACGGCUUCGCCUCCGCGCCAUUCCUGUCAACAUGCACCCUUCAAAAGGUUGCACAGGACGAAGGCAAGAAAUAUCCUGUUGCAGCCAAAGUGGCAGUAGAAGACUUCUAUAUAGAUGAUCUCUUGUCUGGAGCAGUUGAUAUCCAAUCCGCAAUCCGUCUACGCCGAGAGCUUUCCACCAUGCUUCUGUCGGCUGGACUACCCUUAAGAAAAUGGGCAUCGAACAACCCUGCAGUCCUAUCCGAUUUAGAUCCUGAAUACCUCGCUAAUUCACCGUAUCACGAACUCCAAGAACCGCAAUCAGUGUCAACGCUCGGACUUGUUUGGCAACCAACGUCAGAUUCAAUGCGUUUCAACGUCCAAUUACCAUUACCAGCGCAGAUCCUGACGAAGAGAAAGAUUAUGUCAUAUAUUGCACGCAUUUUCGAUCCGCUGGGACUUGUGGGACCGAUCAUCACCGUUGUCAAGUUGUUCAUGCAGAAGUUGUGGUCUCUGAAAACAGAUUCAGGUGACCCAUACGAAUGGGAUCGUCCGCUUCCUCAACGCCUCGAAAAUGACUGGAGGCAGCUCCAUAGCACGUUAGAUUCCAUAUGCAACAUCACUGUUCCCAGAUUCGUCUCGCAGUCGAGUGCAACAUCCGUACAACUACAUUUCUUUUGUGACGCUUCGGAGAAGGCGUACGGGGCGUGUUGUUACGUCCGAUCAGAAAGUACCACGGGAAUCUCCAUACAACUCUUGACAGCAAAAUCCAAGGUUGCACCGCUCUCCUGUGUUCAAACAGUCGCAAGGUUGGAGCUUUGUGCGGCGGUCCUAUCAUCCAAUCUGUACAAGAAGGUCGUGAGCUCAGUGAGCCUGUCUACAGAUGCCUAUUUCUAG